GUACAAUUGCAAAGCUAGCUGCAUCCUACACACUCGUAGCUAGCUACUACUGGCAUACGGAAAUCUCAUACAGAUAGGUAUACACCCAAUGGAGGCGCCCAAGCUAGCCAUUUUGCUUGCCCUAGCCACGGCAGCAGCCAUGAUGAAUCCUUCCCAGGCGCAGAAUUUGCCUCAGGACUAUGUUUCAGCGCACAACAGAGUCCGCGCCGCCGUCGGCGUUGCCGGGGUGAGCUGGAGCACAACGUUGCAAGCGUACGCCCAGAGCUACGCCAACCAGAGGAUCGGCGACUGCAGGCUCCAACACUCUGGCGGGCCGUAUGGGGAGAACAUUUUCUGGGGAAGUGCCGGAAAGGAUUGGACGGCGGCGGACGCUGUGAACUCGUGGUUCAGCGAGAAGCAGGACUACGACUAUGGGUCCAACACCUGCAGCGCGGGAAAGCAGUGCGGGCACUACACACAGAUUGUGUGGCGCGCCUCGACGACGAUCGGCUGCGCUCGCGUGGUCUGCAACAACAACCGCGGUGUGUUCAUCAUCUGCAGCUACGACCCACGCGGCAAUUUUGUUGGACAGAAACCAUACUAACUGCGAUUUGCUCACUCGCAGUACGUAUAGACCCUCGUUCCCCACAUACAUGCAUUCGUACCGUGCAAGGAUUCAUGCACGAUCCUACU